CUCUCUCUCUCUCUUUGUGAUGCUGUUCCGGGUUAACAAAGGCGUGCAAAGAUGGCAGCGCCCAUGGAGUUGUAUUGCUGGGCCGGCGGGUGGGGGCUGCCCACCGUGGACCCCGAUUGCCUGGCCGUUUUAACUUAUGCUCGUUUCACAGGGGCGCCCCUCAAAGUUCACAAAAUCACCAACCCAUGGAGAAGCCCCUCAGGAUCACUCCCGGCCCUCAAGACGUCCAACGGGGUUUUUUCCGAUAUGCAGGAAAUCAUCACCCAUUUUAGGAAGCAGCAAUUUAAUGCAGAUUACGACCUCUCGGCCUUGCAAGCAGCCGAUACUCUAGCCUUCCUCUCUCUGGUGCACCGGAAGCUUCUGCCGAUGCUGAUCCAUACUUUCUGGGUGGACGCGAAGAAUUACGUGGAGCACACGCGGAAGUGGUACGCGGAAGCGAUUCCGUUCCCUCUCAACUUCUUUCUGCCCAACCGGAUGCAGAAACGGAAACUGGAGCAUUUGCAGACCGUCUGCGGCGAAAGCUGGCAGGACAACGAAGAGCAGCUGGAAAAACAGAUUUAUCGAGACGGUUGCGAGUGCCUGACGCUGCUCUCUCAACACCUCGGCAGGAAAAAAUUCUUCUUCGGAGACUCACCUGCCUCCCUGGAUGCCUCGGUGUUUAGUCUUUUGGCCGGCCUGCUUCACGCCAAACUUCCCAAUGGGAAAUUCCAGCAACAUCUCAAAUCACUCCCAAACCUGUGCAAUUUCUGCACCUCUAUUUUGAGCCUUUAUUUUCCAUGGGACGGAGGGGACCCCCCACCCAUCGUCCCCAAAUUGGCCUCCGGCGACGGCAACGACGGCGAAGAAGAGACGCACAAGCGACGCAACCAGUUCCUCUCGGUCCUGGUGGCGCUGGUGGCUAUGGUGGGCUACGCCUUCCUGACCGGCAUUGUGUCCAUCCAGAAGGAGAGCCCACACCAGGCCGGUCCCCACGCCAUCACCCUGGACGAGGUGGAGGAGGAAGAGGAAGAGGAUUGAGGGACGCAGCAGGACCGGCUUCCAGUAGACUUUUAUGUUUUUUAUUCUAGAGCCCAGUUGGAUCCGGUCUCGCUGUCGCGACAAACUUUUUUUAAACCACCAUUCCAAGGAAAGCCCAACCGGGAUCAAUAAAUUGGAGCGAGCUGCAGGUUUA